AUGUUCAAAUUCGUCGUUGUCAUCUUCGCUGUCGUUGCCUGUGUUGCUGCUAAGCCUGGUCUGCUUAGUGCUCCAUUAGCUUACACUGCACCCGCUGCUGUUGUAGCUGCUCCAGCACCUUAUGUCACAGCCACAAGUAGUCAAUAUGUUGCCAGAAACUUUAAUGGAAUCGCUGCUGCACCAAUUGUUGCUGCUGCUCCAGUUGCUGCUCCAUUAGCUGCUGCUCCAAUUGUGAAAACUGUUGCACCUGUAGCUGCUCCUUUAGCCGCUGCUGCACCUCUGGCUGCUGCUGCUCCAUUGGCUUAUUCUGCUCCUGUUGUUAGUCUACUAAGUGCUCCAUUAGCCUAUACUGCACCUGCUGCUGUCGUAGCUGCUCCAGCACCUUUUGUUACUGCUACAAGUAGUCAAGUUGUUGCUAGAAAUUUCAAUGGAAUCGCUACUGCACCAAUUGUUGCUGCUGCUCCAGUUGCUGCUCCAUUAGUUGCUGCUCCAAUUGUGAAAACUGUUGGACCUGUAGCUGCUCCUUUGGCCGCUGCUGCUCCUUUGGCUUACGCUUCUCCUUUAGCCUACUCAGCGUCAUUAGCUCGCGCUGCUUAUGCUGCUGCUCCUUUGACCUAUAGUUCACCAUUGGCAUACUCUGCAUCACUCUCAGCUGCUCCAGUUUUAUUGUAA